CGAGGUGGUUCAGCUCUCUUCAUGAUUUAUAUCUAGGGAGGCACUUUAGCACUUCAUGGAGAAUUACACCAAAUGCAUUUGGAAGAUUCAGCGGUAUCUUACCAUACAUCAGACUUGCUCAUUCCCGACUUGGUUACAAGCUCUACUUAUAUCGCUCGUGUAUCACUUUGUCUAUUUUCGCAUUGGAUGAUAACCAUAUACUGUUUUGAAGAGAUUGGGCUCUUCAUCUUAUGAUCGACUCUCUAUAAAUCUUGAC